CCCUUCUUCGAGCGUCUUAAACACAGGCCUCCGGCCUGCAGCCCUGGGGAUACUUGGGGGGCGGGGUGCAGGUCUGAUGAGUAACCCCUCCCCCCAGGUCCCAGAGGGGGAAGCCUCUACAUCUGUCUACCGGCCCAAAAGUUCCAUGGCCUCCACUUCCCGCCGCCAACGCAGAGAGCGUCGCUUCCGUCGUUACUUGUCUGCAGGACGGCUGGUCCGGGCCCAGGCCCUCCUCCAGAGACACCCGGGCCUUGAUGUAGAUGCUGGGCAACCCCCACCACUGCACCGGGCCUGUGCCCGCCACGAUGCCCCUGCCCUGUGCCUGCUGCUUCGACUUGGGGCAGACCCUGCCCACCAGGACCGCCACGGGGACACAGCGCUGCAUGCUGCUGCCCGCCAGGGCCCUGAUGCCUACACAGACUUCUUCCUGCCGCUGCUGAGUCGCUGUCCGUCUGCCAUGGGAAUAAAGAACAAGGAUGGGGAGACCCCGGGGCAAAUUCUAGGCUGGGGACCACCCUGGGAUUCUGCUGAAGAGGAGGAAGAAGAUGAGGCUUCCAAGGAGCAGGAAUGGAGGCAGAAGCUGCAGGGCGAGCUGGAGGACGAGUGGCAGGAGGUCAUUGGGAGAUUUGAAGAUGAUGCUUCCCGUGAGGCCCAGGAACCUGAAUCCUUCUCAGCCUGGUCAGAGCGCCUGGCCCGGGAACAUGCCCAGAAGCACCAGCAGCAGCAGCGGGAAGCAGAGAGAUCCUGCAGACCCUCACGGGCUGAGGGCUCCAGUCACAACUGGCGACAGCAGGAGGAAGAGCAGCGGCUCUUCCGAGAGCGAUCCCAGGCCAAGGAGGAAGAACUGCGUGAAAGCCGAUCCAGGAGGGCCCAGGAGGCUCAAGGGGACCAAGGGCCAGAGCCAGCCAGGGCUGGGCCUAGGGCAGAGCACCCCAGAGGGGCUGGAAGGGGCAGCCUCUGGCGCUUUGGUGAUGUGCCCUGGCCCUGCCCUGGGGGAGGAGACCCAGAGGCCAUGGCUGCAGCCCUUGUGGCCAGGGGCCCUCCCUUGGAGGAACAGGGUGCUCUGAGGAGGUACUUGAGGGUCCAGCAGGUCCGCUGGCACCCUGACCGCUUCCUGCAGCGAUUUCGAAGCCAGAUUGAGACCUGGGAGCUGGGCCGUGUAAUGGGAGCUGUGACAGCCCUUUCUCAGGCCCUGAAUCGCCAUGCAGAGGCCCUCAAGUGACCCUAGGGAAAGAGCGAGAAACUGGGAUGCAGCCUCAGGGGCAGGUAGAAGGAAGGGUGAGGAUAGGUGGAGAUAAUGAGGAAGAGUCAGAUGCUGCAUGGCAGAGGAUGUGGGGUGGGAACAGAACUUGUAACAAGCAGCGUUGGCAGGAUAAGGGCCACCAACAUUGCUCCUUGACUCUGCCAUUUCCUAAUAAGACCUGGUUCCACAUUUCACUCCUGCUGUCUCCUCUGCCUUGUUCCAUUGCUGUGGUUUUUAUCACCCAUGACAUCUCCUUUCCCGCCCUGCCUGCUGAAACCCACAGCUCCUACACACCUGCAACACACACGCAGGCGCUAGUGCAUGCCUUCAGCUAACAAUGAGAAUCCCCUGCUUGCCCACCCUCAAGCCAGCUCUAAAAAGGCCCAGUUUGCCCUCAUCUCACUCUGCUCCCUACACUGGGGUCCAUCUACUCUGCAGUCUGCAGCUGGAGAAAUAGAUGUGAACAGAGGCCAAAAGGGGAACAAAACCAGUUUCGCUCCCCUCCCCAGCUCCCCAAGCAGAACCACAUCCUCCUCCCCACUUAACACCCUCUUCCCCCAUCACAGGGCUUUCCCUUUGCUGAGUCACUGAACGAGCCGAGUUGGGGGUAGCUAGGGCUGGGGGGCCAUGAGGAGGCUGGGGGAGAACAGGGGAUAGAAGCAGAAUGGAUAGAGGAAGAGUUCUGUGGGGGAGUGGAAUUUCGGUUGCUAAAAUUAGGAGCAGGGGAAGGAGGCAGAAAGAGCCAAAUUAUGUAACCUGGGUUGUCUGCUCUUGGGCAACCAGAGAUCCACACCCAAGGCCAGCCAGGCUGCUAGGCUCCUGGCUAUUCCUGCCCUCUAGUUUCUCAGUCUCCUCCAGGGCCCCAAUCCUCAUUUCCUCCUUCCAGCUUCUGUCCCCAUCCCCAAUCCCCAUGCUUCAUCUCUGAGCAGCCUAGGCUUUGCCUUCCACAUAAACAUCUCCUUUUCCAAGAACUGGUGAUGAAAUCCUGACAGGUGGAGAGAGAGGGUCUGGGAUCCCCAUAGAGGAGGGAGGGAUCUCCAUCUCUCCCACUAUUCAUUACUCAACUGCCCACUCUAGCUCCCUGGAAACUAGGAUAGGGAAUUGGAGAGUGCACAGCCUGUGUUUGUCUACAUCAGAGGAUCUUAUCAGAAACUUCUUUUUCAGGCUUUGAGCCCAGGUUUAUACAGGAGAACCCCAGGAGUGGAAGUGGAAGGUGGUAGAGGACAGGGAGGGGAAGCUUCUGGAAACAUGGGAACAUGGGGUGGGCAUGAGACCCUCGCAGAAGACAGAGAGCCUGAUGUUAGGAAGAGGCCCAAGGCCUCCAAAGGACCAGGCAGAUUUUCAGGGGGCAGGAGGGGGAAGGGCUGGUAAGAAAGAUCCUGUGAGAGAGGAAGCUGCUGUGAUUCAGAGAAGAGACUUCAAGCUGUGAGUGACCUUGGUUUCCGGUUCCUCUCACAGGCUGGAGAUUUCGGAAGUGGCAUGCAAAGAGCCUAGGUUUGGAGUUGGGGGGAGUUGGGUUUAGGAUCCCUAGGCUGGGCGUUGAGAGGUAAGAAAAGAAAACUUCAGUGUCCAAAUUUGUUCCUCCACCCGGAAGGCUUCUCUCUGGUUUCAAAGCACGUCAUUUCCCUCUCUGUGAGAGUUACAUAAAACCAAAGCAAAAUAAGCCCUGAUACCUUGGCCCCCAGACCUGCCUCUUUUCAAUGUCCCUCCCUGGUGUCUGGCCCCCAGCCCUAGUGGGGGUUCCCCUGAGAUGAGGGCUGUUCACUUUCUCUGACCACAUGGUUUCCGCUUCCGUGUGUCUUGUUUCCUAGGCUGAUAAAAAUACUGAGCCCUAGAGGCCCUGGCUUCCUCUGACCUCUUGAGGCCAAGACAGCAGGCAUCCUGUCCACCACAGUGGGGAUGGGGAGGGGGCCCAGGGAUCCCCAAGAGGUGACUCAGUGCCUACCGUGAAACACUGGGGAGGGGGAAGCAUGUGUAUCUUUUCUCUAGAGCGGGAACCAGGAGUUGAGUCUCAGUGGAGGCUGCGCUGGGGUUUGACUUGAGAAACAAGAUUGGGAAAGAGACGAGUGAGAUGGAAGAGAGGCAAUUUAGGGAUUGAGAUUGGGGCAGAUUUGGGUUAAGUUAGGAAAAAGAUCUGGGAGAAGCUAUUCAGUGCAGGUCAACUGAGCCCAAAGAUACAUUCAAACCCUGCUUCAAGUUUACAAUCCAGUAGGGGAGGCAGACCCAUACCUAGUUAACUGAGUCAAGGCUUGCUGAGUCAACUCCACAGUAAGGUUCAGUGGCUACAGAAAAGGGGCAGGUGAAUUCCAUCUGAAAACAUUGGAGGGGAGGCUCUGAGGAUGAGGGAGAGCAUUUGAAUUGGUUCUGAUGAAUGAGUAGGAUUCCAGUGGGUGGAAGGAGAUGGAGAAGCUCUGGGGGUAAGUAAAAUGGCUGGAGCACAGGCCGAGGAGUCAGAAAACCACAGGAUGUUCAGGGAAGAUGAGUGUCCUGAGGCAGAAGCAGCACACGUAUGAGGGAGCAUGUAGUGAAGAAAGGACCACAGAAUGCCCGGGUCAGGGAUUUGGACUUUACCCUGUGAGCAGUGGCACUGGUGACAGCUGUGAAGAAGAGGGAGAACGGGAGCACUGCAGAGUGCAGGCAAGGGAUGAAAUAGAAAACAACUGUUGAUGGAAAAUCAGUGUCCCCCCCCCCCCCAGAAAAGAGAAGAACUGUCUGUUUUUGGAUACCUACUAUGUGUUACACAGUCCUUUUCCUAACAUCAGCAAUCCUUUCAUCAUCUGUUCAAAAGGUGGAUGGUGGGUCCCCUUUAUAAAGAUGAGAAAAGCCGAGGCCCAUAAACGUACUGUAAUUCACUUAAGGCCACAAAGCUAAGAAGUAGUGGAAUUAGCAUUAAAUUCAUCUGACUCCAAAA